AUGGACAGGUUGCACGUUCUCCUCGGACAUCGAUCACGGCAUCCCGGUUGGAAACGGUUCAAAGUUACCAUAACCAUGGGUUUGUGGUUAUUGCCUAUUUAUGAUGAUGGUCUGAACACUGAAAACAGUUCGGAAAAUCCUGACAGAGCGACAUUCAUUGGAAGCGGAGAAAAACAGCGAUCCGGACGCUCCGCAGGAAAUGCACUCGCAUCAGCUGACUGCUGA